AUGCUAAAUCGAGCUUUAAGAUUACAAGAUGUUGAGACUGUAAUUACCAUGGGUUUUUUUCUACGUGAUCUUCAUCAAAAGAUUAAAGAAUUACAAUCAAAAUCUGAUCAACAAAAAUCUUUUAUCGUCUAUCGAGGUCAAGCCAUGACUAAUUAUGACUUCGAGAAGUUGUGCGAAUGUAAAGGUGGUUUAUUCUCAUUUAAUAAUUUUUUAUCGACUAGCACAGAUAAGCAAGUUUCUCUUAUGUAUGCGGAGAGUAAUGCAGAUAAUCCNGAUCCAUCAUAUAUGUACACUAAACUAUUAAAAGAGAUCUUACUCAAAUUAGACUAUGAUGAACAUCAACGAAAACAUUUAGCAGAUUUAUCUCGUGAUUUUUAUGGUACAGACACGAACGUAUUAAAAAUGAUUGAUGAGUUCGAACGGAACUAUCAGAGCAAUGCAUCCAUCUGGUGGUAUACACGUUGGUGUUUUCUUUAUCAGAUGCUAAAUCGAGCUUUAAGAUUACAAGAUGUUGAGACUGUAAUUACCAUGGGUUUUUUCCUACGUGAUCUUCAUCAAAAGAUUAAAGAAUUACAAUCAAAAUCUGAUCACCAAAAAUCUUUUAUCGUCUAUCGAGGUCAAGCCAUGACUAAUUAUGAUUUCGAGAAGUUGUGCGAAUGUAAAGGUGGUUUAUUUUCAUUUAAUAAUUUUUUAUCGACCAGCACAGAUAAGCAAGUUUCUCUUAUGUAUGCAGAGAGUAAUGCAGAUAAUCCAAAUAUGAAAGGCGUUCUUUUCGUAAUGAAAAUUGAUACAGUAAAUGCAGCAAUACCAUUUAUUCCUCUCGAUGAUAUCAGUUAUUAUCCAGAAGAAAAAGAAAUUCUCUUCUCGAUGCACUCAGUUUUUCGCAUUGGUGACAUAAAAAAGAUUGAGAAUGAAGUAUGGCAAGUAGACUUGACACUAACAAGUGAUGAUGAUCAACAGCUUAAGAUUCUCACUGAACAUAUGAGAGAAGAUUUAGGUGGAGGAACUCCAUGGCAACAAUUAGGUCAUUUGAUGUAUAAAAUGGGACAAUUUAAAAAGGGCGAAGAAAUCUAUAAGAUGUUACUCGAUAUUACAUCUGUUAAUGACAAGAAUGAAAUUACUAUUUUCUAUCACAUGCUUGGAAUUUUGAAACAUAAGAAAGGUGAUUUUAAAAAGGCUAUAUCAUUCUAUCAAAGUGUACUUGAUAUGCGACAAAAUGUUGUCCCACCGAAUCAUCCUAGUUUGGCUACUCUAUAUAGCAAUAUAGGCUCUACAUACCUUAAUAUGGGAGAAUACUCGGCUGCACUUACUAACUAUAAAAAAACGCUUGACAUUGUUCAAAACUCUCAGCCAGUGAACCAUGCCGAACUGGCUACUAUCUACAGUAACAUUGGUGUAACGUAUCGUAACAUGGGAGAAUACUCAAGUGCACUCUGGAAGUAUCGAGAGGCGUUUAAAAUAAGACAAAAACAUCUUCCAUUGAAACAUCCAGAAUUAGCUCAUGUUUAUAUCAAUAUUGGUGCCGUCUAUGGUGAUAUGGGAAACUACACCGAUUCACUAAAAAAUCAUGAAAAAGCACUUGAAAUAUUAAAAAAAUCUCUCCCUUCGAAUCAUCCUGAUUUAGCUAUAGCUUAUAGCUGCCUUGGUUCAAUUUUUUUCAGAAUAGGUAAGCAUAUCGAUGCAAUUCAAAAUUAUAAAGAGGCGCUUAAAAUCCUUGAAAUACCCGACUUGUUGGAUCAUCCUGAUUUGGCUAUUCUCUACAAUAAUAUUGGUGCCGGGUGUUUCGCAAUUGGGGAUUACUUGGGUGCGCUCUCACAUUAUGAAAAAGCGCUUGAAAUAAAACUAAGAAUCCAAUCUCCAAAUAAUACUGAUCUGGCUACUAAUUACAAUAACAUUGCCCUAGUAUACGAAAGACUUGGGCGUAACUCAGAUGCACUAUCAAAUCAUCAAAAGGCACUUGAAAUAAGACGCAACUAUCUCUCUCCGAAUCAUCCCGAUCUAGCUCAAAGCUAUAACAACAUCGGCCUUUUGCUUCAUAACAUGAGAGACUACGCGAAUGCGUUGUCCUAUUAUGAAAUGGCACUUACAAUUUGGAAAAAAUUAUUCCCAUUGAAGCAUCCUGAAUCAGCCCAAAUCUAUAUCAAUAUUGGUACACUACACAAAGACAUGAUUGAUUAUCCAACUGCACUGUCUUAUUACUAUCAGGCUAUUCAAAUUCUUGAAAUAUCUAAGCCUUUAAAUCAUCCUCUACUAGCUACUGUAUACAACAAUAUGGGUUCUGUACAUGAAGAUUUGAAAGAUAACUUAAAAGCACUCUCGAACUAUCAAAAAGCACUUGAACUUUGGCAACAAUCUCUCCCUUCGAAUCAUCCGAAUCUGGCUGCAGCACAUAAUAACAUUGCUGGAGUACAUAAAAGACUAACAAACUAUCCGACGGCACUGUCAUUUUAUGACAAAGCGCUUGAAAUUCUUCAAAAGUCUCCUUUUACGGAUUAUUCAUUAGUGGCAGCCACACAUAACAAUAUCGGCUGUGUAUAUAUGUCAAUGAAAGACACGUCAAAGGCACUUUUUCAUUAUCAAGAAGCACUCAAAAUCUGGCAGCAUUUACUUUCACCAAAUCAUCCUAAUCUAACUGCUAAUUACAAUAAUAUUGCUGAAGUACAUGAAGCACUAAAAGAUUACCCAACUGCUUUGUCCUAUUACGAACGUUCUGUUCAAAUUGGAGAAUUUUCUUUACCGGCUAAUCAUCCACACAUUGCAAUUUUUCGUAAAAAUCUCGAAAGACUAAGAAUACGCAUACCAGAAUUUUCUGCACCUACAACAAAUCUAACUGAAUAA